CGGAGCAGUGAGCUGACUCGCCGCCGUCCGGUACUACAGCCUCCUCGCCUCUCGGGUAUGGAUUAUUCGCAGCGAGCGGCAGCGGAGCCGCCAGUGCGACCCACGCGCUCCCCGCGGUCACUCGUCCGCUGACUGCUGCCGCGCGUGCCGUGUUCGCUGUCGCCCGCGAUGCCUCUCUAGGUCGUAACGAACGUGAGCGAACCUUUUAACCCGCCGCGGAAAUCGCCGGCAGCGACACAUUUCAAAGCAUGCCAUUAAUACAGACCCCAUUGUGUUUAAAUGACGAGACUAAUGCCUCCAUAUAAUAUCAUGGAAAGCACCUGUAAAACCAUUAAUUUCUGUGCAACUUUUAUGUGAUCUUGUUACUUUUUACUGCAAAGCUGCCAAAUCUAGGCUUUUCCGAAGACAUGAUUGAAGUGGACGCUUUCAAGCGUCCAUCACCCUCACCAUCCAGGAGUUCAGUGCGGAGCGACAGUCGGGUGUUCCGACAGCCGCGAGUUAUCCAAGUGAACCGCGAUGCUUCCACCAUGGUGGACGGCGAGCCCAGCGCGCCGGCCGGCGCUAGCGCUGUGCCCCCCACCCUCGUCUCAGACUGGGAGCCCCAUCUCAACCAACACUCUGCACAUUUCCGAUCUCGCACAUUCAGUGACGGCUUCAUCAGGAACACUAGCCUCGAACUUCUCCUGGGAGUCGAUUGCGAAGCUUGCCUCGCUUUAGCAGCUCAGAGACAAUGUGUAGAUAAACACAUAUCAAACCACGACUUUGAUUUAGUAUGUAAUUGUAAUGUACAACAAAAUAAUUAUUUAAAUUACCAGCGCGAAGUCCCAGAUCAACGAGGACACACUCUUAAUAUUUACGACUUUGAAAGGAUUAAAAGGGACACGGGGCGAAGUCACUUAGCAAUCGGAUCGCAUCGAAGCUUAGAUCGUAAACAUACUAAAAGUAAAACGAUUGGUGUAGGAAAUUACAUUUCGAAACAGUUGAUAUCAUAUGAUCAGACGAAUACUUUUGUGCAAAAAAUUAAAAGAAAAUUAUCAAAUUUAAAAAAAAUGGGUGGUGAAGCAGUCUUGAAAAAACAUCAAAACGCAGUUCAAUUAGCUGAGAUCGCAACAGGUUCCUCGAGCUCUCUCAAGAAACUAUCGAUGUUGUCUUUAGUCGACAAGUCCCAAAGGCGGGUGAAUAGCCAAAGUUGCAUAUUUCCUUCUUCUGGUUAUCAAGGAAAAGAUGACAUGAAAAAUAAAGCAUCAACAUAUGCAAAUUUCUCAAGUAACGUGGACCAAUGUUUCAAUGAGAGAUUACGAGACUGUAAUGUCAAUAUGGAUAGAAGUAGUCGAACAAAUAAAAUGAUCAAAAUGAGAAGUUUCGACAAUAACGACGAUCUCAUUUCAAGAAACUCUCCAGCCUUAGGAAGCGUGAAGUUUUCUACCUUGGACAAUCGUAGUCGAUGUAGAAGUAUAAGAAGGCAGAUGUCAUACAAUGAGUUUCCAAGUGAGCGGUUUAGGGAUAGACCACAAGAGACGUGGUCAAGAGACGAGAACACAAUGGAAUCGAGAAGUACUCGUAGUGACCUUGUGGAAGAUGAUUCACAAACUUUUAUUGAUGCAGACGUCAUGAUGCCUGCGCCUCGCACCACUCACGCACUCUGUACUUGUGACUCCAGCCGUGAUACUAGGAUACCUUCUAUAUAUUAUGAUACACAGGGAAAGAAAAGAGCCGCUCCCGCGCCCGACGUGACUGAACGCGGUCAAGGGCCGCGCGCCUCCUGCAGGAGCUGCAAAUCACCGCAGUGGCUGCGCGCGGGCACGCUGUCCACCACGAGCCACAGUUCCACCACCACGGCCAACUCAUCUCGUGUAUCGCUGUGGCACCGGCGCUGGUGCUGCGUGGCAGUGCUGGUGCUGGUGGCCGGCAGCGCGUGCGUCGCGGGCCCGCUAGCGUUGCGCGCGCCGCCCGGCGCUCCGCUGCACGAGCGCCUGCGUCUAGCUGAGCGGCUGCUGCACGAGACGCCCCUCAUUGACGGACACAACGACCUACCAUGGAAUAUAAGGAAAUUUCUACAUAAUAGAAUUAAGGAUUUUAGAUUUGACGAGGACUUGCGUACGAUAUCGCCGUGGGCGACCAGUUCCUGGAGCCACACCGACCUGCCCCGGCUUAAACAAGGCAGGAUCGCUGCGCAGUUCUGGGCGGCGUACGUGCCAUGCGACGCGCAACAUCGGGACGCUGUGCAGCUCACCUUCGAGCAAAUCGACCUUAUACAACGACUCACUGAGAAAUAUCAUCCGCAGCUCACCAUUUGCACCUCAUCCGACGACAUAGUGUCGGCUCACGCCAACCACCGGCUGUGCUCGCUGGUGGGCGUGGAGGGCGGGCACGCCAUCGGGGGCUCCUUGGGAGUGCUGCGCACGCUGUACCAAGUGGGCGUCCGGUACCUGACGCUCACCUCCACGUGCGACACGCCGUGGGCAGAGUGCGCUUCUGCAGACCGCCUUGAGCCUUCGCCCAGAGGCGGGCUCACUCACUUCGGAAAAGUUGUGGUGAAGGAGAUGAACCGGCUCGGGAUGCUGGUGGACCUGUCGCACGUGUCGGAAAGGACGAUGCGUGACGCGCUUGCUGUAUCGCGCGCGCCCGUGCUAUUCUCGCACUCGUCUGCACGCGCGCUGUGCAACGUGACGCGCAAUGUGCCCGACUCCGUGCUGCGGCUGCUCGCUGCCAACAAGGGCCUCAUCAUGGUUAAUUUCUACACUUCUUUUCUCACUUGCAAGGAAACUGCUACUGUGCAAGACGCCAUUGCGCACAUUAAUCAUAUCCGUGAGGUGGCUGGAGUAGACAGCGUGGGUUUGGGAGCCGGCUACGACGGCAUUAACUUCACUCCACAAGGGCUCGAGGACGUGUCGUCAUAUCCGCUACUCUUCGCCGAACUGAUGGAGGAAGGUUGGAGUAUAGAGGAGCUCCGCAAGCUGGCUGGUCUGAACCUGCUGCGAGUGCUAAGCGCCGCGGAGAACGUCGCUCGCGACAUGGCCAGCGCUCACGUGGUGCCUUACGAGGAGGUCCCACCACGUGUCCUAGAUCUUCAUAACUGCUCUAGUCAGGACCUUUAGAUAAUUAACAUUUAGAGACAAUUAUAGAAGUUAUUUUAUAGGCGUAAAACUCCUAUUCGAGACAGUCGCAAUUUUAUAAGGGUCUUACUUCCGGCAUUUACAUUAUGGAGGACAUCUACAACGUUUGUACUUCGCAUAUCAUUCCCAUUAGGACAAGUGUUUACAUAAUAGGUACGUAUAACACUUGAAUCAAAAUCAGUAACAUUGUUAUAUCUACUUACUUUUUCGUUGAUCUAUGCUAUGUACUAACUUAACAAUUUUGAUGAAACCAUACAUAGUUCUUAAAAUAUCUUUGAUAAUUGAAACCUAAUUUAAAUUGUCAAAGGAACUUCUAGCUUUCGUACAAUAUUAUGUCCUAAACACAACAAUACAUGAGAAAUAAAUAUAUACAGCUUAAUAACGUUAAUAUCACAUACAGCGUAACGUUGACAUAAUGUGUCAAGUUAAUAAAGAAACUAACUUCGGACCAUAAGUUCUAUUGAUGCUUAAUGUAACUAACGAAAACAGCAAUUAUCUCUACUGCAGUUUAUACACGCCUCGCCUCUCUUUUACGACUCCCACUUUUCCGCAAUAAAUACACAUUUGAAAGAUACAUCGCCUGUGAGAUCCGGUGAUACUUGUGCCAUCUACUUUUAUGUUGCGAAGUUAUAGUCGGUGAAAUAGUUUGAAAAUUCUAGUACUUUGGUACCUAUAACCUGUACAUAAAUAAAUUACUAAUAAAUACCUAUUAUUUUUUUAUUAUAUAAUUUUUAUGAAAGUAGACAGGUACCAGUUAUGAAAAAUGUACCUAGUUCUGUUUCAUCCAUACUUUUAUGCCUGCAAGUAAUACUAAUUAAACUCGACUGUCUGUCUCCCAAGCUUUAAAAUAGUAAAUAAGUACUUAGUUAUACUAAUUUAAGUAAAUUGUGUUAUGCAGUGGGUAAAUGCAUACUCAGGUUAACCACAUUUUACCCCUUCUGAUACAUAAGUACCUAAAUCAAUAUUCAAGUUUAUUUAUAUAAUUAAAUUUGACUGGGAAUAUUACAUAGGUACUUCCCAAUUCGUGCCAUUUAUACUAGGACUGGCAAUGAUUAUUUAUAGAACUCUUCAGAGAAUAUGAAUUCGAUUCAUUCAAAAUAAUUUACUGGUUUAUUAAAAACAGAUUCUGCCAAACGCUGGUAUCAUACGUGAGUGGUAAUUUUGUUCACUACUGUUGGCUGCUACAAUAUAAGCUCGCUGACAGCAAGGUCUACUUAUGUGUGAUAAUGUACCUACCUAAUAAAAUAGCCUUAGAGUUAUAUUAAUGGAUAUAUAUCGAUGACCAAAAUUAGAUUGAAUUAUAGAUUUAGGAAAUAUAGAUUUUACUUAUAAUCUCGAAUUACGGACGUAUUUUUUAAUUCGCACUGUGUAUCUCCUAACGCAAUAUUACUAUGUAAAUAAAUAUUUAUCAGUAAUAAUAGACGGAUCUUAAGACUGAUUAAUGUUUUUAAGAAUCUUAGUAUCUACUUAUGUAUCUUAAGAUUUGUUUAUUAUUUCUAAAAGGGAAGGGGGCGUGUCAUACAUCCAAAUCCAUUCACAAAUCCAAAGUAAACCAUGAAAGUAUACAAAAAUAUUCCUUUAUUUUUAUGUUGCAAAUAAUAAUAAUAAUAAAUGUAUUUGAUUAAUGACACCCUAAAUUAGGGCACAGCUUAAAGUUACGCAUUUUAAAUAGAUACUUACUUAUAGUAGGUGUAUUGACAAUCUACAUUUUAUUUAGAUUUUAAAAGAUUUAUUGGCACAAAACAAGAAAAUAUUUAGAAAUUAAUCAGUAAUUUAUAGAAAAUGAAAUUAUCAUUAUUGUAACUAUGUAGUAAAAUAUGUCGUACUUUCCAUAAUUUGUAUGAAACCUACGUUAGGUAAAUUUGUUUUAUUGGAUCUGGGUCUAUUUGUUAUUCGUGUUCCACAAGAGUUAUUUUACAAACUUAUGCGCUUCUUAACUAGGCUUGUAUUAUAUUUACAAGGGUUAUAUUUAUAUAAAUCCAUAUCCUUUUCUGUGUUUAGUUUAAUCCUAACGUUUGGUUUUUCAAAAUUAAUAGAUUUAAAUUACCUACUUACUUAAUCUUAAAUUAUAGUUAUACAAGUAACUCUUUACCCUUACAUAUCGUAUUAAAAUUAAAUUUAAACUAAGGUUUAAUAGCAGAAUAUUUAGUACAGGAUGAAAAAUACCUAAAAUAAUUGAAAAGAGUUCUUAAAUAGCGUAAAACAGGUGAGUUAUUUACCUAUCUACUUAUUACCGCUUUAGAAUUUUUUUCGUUGAGUAAUUCAAUUACGUUAUUAAUAAUUACGUUGUUAUUAAAAUAAAUCGGAUAUGAGUAAAAAUCAUAUCUAUAACUACAGUACAGAGAUCUUCUUACAUAAUUCAUAUCCUAGUUUUAAAUAGAGACCUAUCUUCGUAGGUAAGGGUGAUUCGACUCUAACUACUAUAGAAUAUUAUUUUUGAAUAUUUCAGAAAUAAAGUUUUUUCUUUUUCUUGCAAAAUUUCAUUAUUCUACUUCAACUUUAAUUAAGUCAACGGGAAAUAGGUAGGUACUCUUAUGAAUCGCAAAAUACUAUUAUACUAUUAUCUGCGAUCAAAUAAAGAACACAAACACAAAAUACUUUGUGAGCGAAAUAAGCAUGUCCAUAGUUGAGGACGUGCUGAGUGUUCAAAAAGAUCGGAAAAUAUCGGACAGGUGGACAAACAGACAGUGUACAUUUUGAGGUAUGGAACUUAAAAUCUUAAUCAUCUACAUCCAAAAUGAAAAGAAACAAAAUCGUGGUGUUCAAGUUUUUUCAAAGUGCCUAGGUAAAUUAAAACAACUAAGCAAGUAAACUUGUGUACGGCAUGCAUGUCGAUAAGCAGUUGCCCUAGCUUCUAAAUUUGAUGUGCAAUUUCUCACGGCUAUAAGUAGAUAGCUGAAGCAAUGUAGAUUAGGUGAAUUCUCCAUUGUACCUACUCUCACACUGUUGAGUUGAGACCGAUAAAAUCCGGAAAUGCUACAUACCUUUGUUCUUUUCUUUUCAUUGUGAACUUUUAGCUGGCCCUGCAUUUUUUUUAUUCAUCUGUAAACACUGUUGCCUUACCUCAAAUUCAACUCUAUCAACUUGAUAUGAUAAUGCCACAGAAGUUGUUGAACAUUUCAAACUAAAAUCACAAAUGAUUUAUUCAACUAAGUGAUAUGUGGGUACCUACUCCUGCUCUUCAGACUCUGGUGGAUUUUUUCUCAUAAUGGUUGUUCAAUAACAGGACUAUAAAAACUGACAAUGUAAGUUGGUUCGGUAGGCAAUCUUUGAUGAUUUAAUUUAUAAGUAAGCUAAGUUAAUAAGUAGGAAAUGUGUACCUACUUUAUUUCCUUUUAGUAGCCACGUCACCACAUCAUGUCAACAAUAAUGUACUUGAUUAAUUGAUAGAUAAAUUCAGUAGUUCUUCGUAACUAAAAUGUAGAAUCUGAACGUAUUAUAAUAUAAUUAGAACUUGUAUUACUUAUCUUAGGUAUUUAGAGCUUUUAUGUCAUUUUAUAAAACAAAUCCUGACGCGCAGAAUAAAUCUUGUACCAAAA